GCGCUCUCGCUGCUGUUUUCUUUUUCUUCUUCUCGCUGAGCUCUACUACUGCACUACACUACCACUCUCUUCGCGUUCUCUCUCGCUGCAAUGGAGGCGUAGUGUUGGGAGGAGGGAGGGAGAGAGAGAGGGAGAGAGGGAGCUAGGGUUUUUGGGCCGCCGCUGCCUCCUUGAGUUCGUCGUCCCUCCGGCUCCGAACCCUUGGGCGUGCGGCAGUGUAGGCUCCAAUGGGGAAGUCUCCGGCGAAGUGGAUCAAAUCCGUGCUCUUCGGGAAGAAGUCAUCGAGGUCCGGCUCUACCAAGGCGAAAGAUUUAUCGAAGGGCUCGAACAACAAAGGGUAUGCUGCUGCUGGGAAGGAUGCUGGGUUUGAGAGCUCCCCGGUGAUAUCGGAGCCGGUGCUCGUUACACCUCAUAACAAUGAGGCUGUCCAGGAGGUUGGGAGGGGUGAGAAUUCCAGCUUACAAGGUGAAGUGGUGGUGCGCGAUGUCAGUCAAGACCUGGAGAAGCAGAAUACUGUCGUUUCCGAUGCGUCCAACGACCCCGAGAGGUUGAGAGAGGAACAAGCGGCCGUCAAGGCACAAGCUGCCUUCCGAGGCUAUCUGGCACGUCGGGCAUUCCGUGCGUUGAAAGGAAUCAUAAGACUCCAAGCCCUGAUUCGUGGGCAUCUCGUAAGGAGGCAAGCCGUUGCAACUCUUCGUGCAACAUGGUUGAUUGUGAAGUUUCAAGCUCUAGUCCGUGGUAGGAAUGUCAGACUUUCUACUAAUACCAUUCAAGUCAACUGGAAGCUUGUUCAACAACAGUCGGGGAGUGGUAAGCGGGAUGCAUGGAAGGAGAAAUUGUCUUCAAAUGCAUUUGCUCGUAAGCUUUUAGCUUCACCAAUUCUGGUAGAGGCUCUCCAUUUUCAAUAUGAUGAGAGGGAUCCAAAUUCAGCCUUCAACUGGUUGGAGAGAUGGACCAUAGGUCGUGUCUGGAGGCCCAUUUCACAUCCAAAGAGAGCUGCUGUUACUGAUGCCAAGCCACACACAAGGAAGGCCAGUUAUGCAAUGGAAACAGAGUCAGGGAAGUUGAAGCGCAAUUCUCGGAGAAGUUCUGCUGCACCAGUUGAGUCCUCUCAGACGAACAUAGCCAUGGAAACUGAAAAAUCAAGGCGAAACCCAAGGAAAUUCACUAGCUCUACUGCUGAUUCAGUGCCCGAAAGUCAGUUAACUGAACUUGAGAAGGUCAAACGUAACCUUAGGAAGGUAACUAAUUCUAUGGCUGAGGCUUCAAAGGUAUCUACUCCUGCAACUGAGAUCCCUGAACGCCAAGAGGUCCAAUGUGAGAAACCACAGCGAACUGCAGAAGAAGUUCCAAAUUAUCCUGAGAUCCAAGAACCUCAGAAUGGUAAUCUGUUGGAAAAUGCUAAGACGGAUAUCCUGGUACCUGAUCUUCAACCUGAACCGGAGGUUCCUUCUUAUCAAGUUGAAACUGAAGAAAAAGUUGCUGAACUGACUGUUGCUGACCCUACGGUAGAAACUAUGCCGCUGCAAGAUAUCCACAAUGAAGAAAAUGCUUUAGUAAAUGAUAUGGAACAGAGAUCCAAAGAAGAACCUCUUUCUACUGAGAGCCUUAAAAGCAGCAAGAGGAGGUCUUCAUUCUCAACCAAGACAGAGUAUCCAGAAAAUGGUUCAAAGAAUUCGCCUGCUGUUCCCAGCUACAUGGCUGCAACACAAUCUGCGAAGGCGAAACUGCGGGGACAGAAUUCACCCAGACUUAGUUCUGACUCUGCGGAGAAAAAUGGCUUCACCAGGCGCCAUUCCCUCCCAUCCUCUAAUGGUAAGUUGAACUCGCACUCGCCGCGUACACAAAGGCCAACCCAUGCUGGUGGCAAAGAGGGAGUGAAGGCUGACAAGUCUAUGCUAUCAUCAAGAGACGCAAGUGAAAGACCUGCCAAAGCUGAAUGGAAACGCUGAAGAGUUCAUCGAUCGAGCACCAAAUCCUCCUGUUGGGUUGCGCAACAUUCGGGUGGAUGACGACGAUGAUGGCGUCUGCAGUUUGAUCCAAUUGUUUUGCUUCCGAUGUAAAAAAGAUGUUCUCCCCAUCCGUGACAGUGAACCAGCUGCUUUGUUGUGGUUUGUAUCUGGUGCGAUUUGACUUAUUUCUAUAGGGUUUUUGCGUCCUUUCCUCUGCCAUGUUCAUGUAUAGCUGAAGCGUUUCCGGUUUGCUUUUGAUUUCCCUGCCUCCCCGAGACACCCUGCUUUUGUUGAGCAAGAGAGCUGCUGAUGUUAGAGAGAACUUGUUGGAUUGAACAAUCUUAUCCCAUUUGGACAUCUCUUCUGCGUUUUCUUCUUAUAACUGACUAGCGAGUUGUGCCAUUCCAUGACA